GUGCUGUAAAUUUGUCCCUCCUUUUGUCAACUCUCUUUCAGCCUUUGACUUUAUUUUUUUACAGGACUGGGAGGGACUAUGCGUAAAAAUGAAACUUAAGAUUGUCCUAUAAAGCAGGGUAGUGAUGAAGCAGUGAGAGGAGAGUGUUAGAGAAGAGACAGAUAUCUUCCAGCUGCUUCAGCAGGACAAACACGACACUUGUUCCACCAUCUCAACUCCUGUAGCGGUUGCCAUGGCUUCAGCCCUCAUAUCUGCCAUGAUUCUCUUUGUCUGUGGGGUUGAUUUUAUUCUGUGGUGCAGUCAGGUAAAGGCUCAGGUAGACUUAGCAUUGGACUGCUGCCUGACAUUUAGCCAAAAAAGCAUCCCUAAACACGUCCUCCUCACUUACCGGAAGCAGCUGAAAGUUGACGGCUGCCGCCGAGAUGCUGUUGUAUUCAAGACCAGGAAAGGUUUGAAGCUUUGUGCCCCACCUGCAGAGCAAGAGCAGUGGGUUAAAGAGAUGAUCAAGUUUCUGGACACUAGGCUCAAGAAGUGCAAAGAAAACAAAUUUCAUGAGAAACGCUGUCAUGACCUGAAGAAUGUUUCUUUUUGAGUGAGCACAUACACAUAAAUAUAUGCAUUAAAAUGGCAGCUGAUGUAGUCUUCGUGAUAUAGCUCACUUCUAACAGUUUCUGUAAUACAUUUAGGUUCUUCCUUCUUUCAGCAUUUUCCUUGUUGUCUGAUGUUCCCAUAUUUGCUGUUGUGUGAACAUAUUAUUCUUGUGGUUGUUUUUUUUGUGUGUGUGUGUGUGUAUUCUAUUCUGAAAUAAUCAUUGUGUUGUUGUUUUUUUAUGUGAAUAAAUUUGUUGAAGAAACACAAA